AUGGAGGUGCCCUUUGUUGCUCGCACCAAGUGCGAGAUUCAUUCUGUAAUUCGCUUUUUGCACGCCAUAGGGAUUCCACCCGUGGAUAUUCAUCGUCAGUUGACAGAGGUGUAUGUCCGUUCAACACGUCUGCAAGUAACGCUGCCUUACGACAACGCCUGCCCUCAUGUCUUCCGUCAAACCCAGGACCUUUGGAUACACUUUGUGUGGACUGUCAUGCCCCACCCACCGAACAGUCCGAACCUCGCACCUAGUGAAUAUUACUUGUCUCCCAAGUUUAAGAAACACUUGAAUGGCCAACGCUUUCGGUGUGACGAUGAAGUCAAAAACGAGGUGAAAUGCUUCCUCAAUGGGUUGGCAGCGGAGUUCUACGAAAUUGGAAUACAGAAAUGA